AUGUCCCUGCCAUCCCCAUGGAGCAAGGUGGGCCACCAGCUUCUGCACAGCAACAGCAAACUGCAGCCCGGAGGCGUCCGCCAGGCACAGCUGAGCCCCGCGGGGCUGCUGCUGGCGAAACUCAUGGACUGGUUCGGCGUCGUGCUGCAGCUCAAGUCCAGGGAGACCGGCAAGACGUUCGUCAGCACCGAGUUCAAGUUCUACAACUGCAGCGCCCACCAGCUGUGCCUGUCCUGCGUGAACAGCGCUUUCCGCUGCCACUGGUGCAAGUACCGGAACCUCUGCACCCACGAUCCCACCACGUGCUCCUUCCAGGAGGGCCGCAUCAACGUCUCGGAGGACUGCCCGCAGCUCCUGCCCGCCGAGGAGAUCCUCAUCCCUGUGGGAGAGGUGAAGCCCAUCACGCUGAAAGCGCGCAACCUGCCGCAGCCGCAGUCGGGGCAGCGCGGCUACGAGUGCGUCCUCAGCAUCCAGGGCGUCAUCCACCGCGUGCCCGCGCUGCGCUUCAACAGCUCCAGCGUGCAGUGCCAGAACAGCUCGUACCUCUACGAUGGGAUGGACAUAAGCAACCUAGCCGUGGACUUUGCCGUGGUUUGGAACGGAAACUUCGUCAUCGACAACCCCGAGGAUUUGAAAGGUAGCGGCGGCGAGGCGCGCUGCAGCCUGCGGCAGCACUGCGGGGCCACGGCCGCACAGCCCUGGCUCGACUGGUCCAGCCGGAACGUGAAGUGCUCCAACCCGCGCAUCACCGAGAUCCUGACGGUGUCGGGCCCCCCGGAAGGCGGCACCCGGGUGACCAUCCGCGGCGUGAACCUGGGCCUGGACUUCUCCGAGAUCGCCCACAACGUGCAGGUGGCCGGGGUGCCGUGCGCGCCGCUGCCCGAGCGCUACGUCGUCGCCGAACAGAUCGUGUGCGAGAUGGGGCAGGCGCUGCCCGGGGUCAGCUCCGGCCCCGCGCUCCUCUGCAUCGGCGAGUGCAAGCCCGAGUUCACGGCCAGGUCCGCGCAGCACUACGUGUUCGUGAAUCCAGCCAUCAGCUUUCUGCAUCCCAGCCGCGGCCCCGAGUCGGGAGGCACCAUGGUGACCAUCACGGGCCACUACCUGGGCGCAGGCAGCCACGUGUCCGUGUCCCUGGGGAACCAGACCUGCGAGUUCCACGGGUAA